CUUAGUCGGAGUCGAGUAAGUGCCGGCGGAGCGCGAUGUGAAGGCUCCAUAACCUAACCAGACGAAACUUAAAGAAAUUAAUUAGAUCUUGUAAAUCAAGAACGGCACUGUUUUACCCUCGCCAGCAAUUUCAUGCUGUUUAAGGCUAUCAAGAAGAACGAACCACGUAAUGAUAUCACGUCGAAUAAGAUUCUGAGCAAAUACUAAUGGCCUGCAUGCCGCCCAGUCCUAGUGGUCACGAUUGAAGAUCUUCGACCAAUCGAUUCCAAAAUUCAAUGAUGUCUAGUACUUACCCGUCUCAGUCGUGGCUCGACAUGUCUCUAGGUCAGCGAUGGUGCAAUCUGAUAGGAGUUGCAGCGCUGUGCUUCACUUUAGGGAGGUUCAGCUCGCGCCAAAUGCAUUUUCGAGUCUCUAAUCUGGAUCCUGCGGCCGAUGCAUUUUCAUCUCGCAGGCUGGUAUUGGGGCAGCAUGCUGGCCUCGAUUCUGCCAUGGUGAGAAAAAACGAAGCACUAAGGAACAGAAAAAAAGCGUUGUGGUCGAAAGGAAACGGGAAUAAGCAGAUGUUAACCGCGAGCGCGCUUGCGCGACCAACAGACUGGAGAGGUGGCUUUUAUACUUCUUUUCAGCCAUCUCUGGAGCUGUCGUUAUGGAAGCAAGCCCAUCUUUUCCACCAUGUUUCGGCUAGUUUCUUCUUGGAAACAUGUAGCUAAAGGAAGAUGUUUGCUAAGAUGGCUUCAUCUUGCUGUUGGUGCCUCUAAGUACGGACUAUUCAGUAGUCGACACAGAAAAGGACGAAAAUCUAGAAGCUGCAAUCAAAGCACAAGCUGGAGAGGCUGCAAUCAGAGAACACGCACUACCCAAGGGAAGCCGGAGCAGUCGCACUGCACCAAAAAAGGUCGGCGCAGCCGCCAAAGACGAGCGUCGACCUGUUUUGGUCUUCGACGAGAACAUCGACAAAAGACUCGGUGCUGAAUUUUCCGGCACUUUACCCGACGAAAGCAAAAAAGCCGACCUGUCAGUAUGUUAAGGCAAGUUUUUCAUCUUCUCGCCGGUCGUACGGGAGAACGAAGAACUAUGGUUCAUUAUCUACUGUGGAUCGUGAUUCUGGGGAAAGCAUACAGAGUGGAGAAAUAAGUCACACGACAGGGUACCACUAGCUACCAACCGAAGUUACGACAGGGUGACACCGAGGGUCUAAGGAUUGUUGCAGUCGCGAGUACCAUUAGCGGAAAGUUGGGCUAGAUCCGCUGUGUGGUCUGAUCUAGCACCUGGAAGUCUAUACGCCUUCCGGGUAAGCUCCCCGAAGCACAUUGCCCUGGCUCACAGAUUAAUUGAGCUGCUCUCAGCGAAGAAGCGAGAUGGCCUCACAAACCCGGCAGCUAGUUAUGCCACAAUCAGGCAGGAGGCUUUAUCUAGGCUAGAAUCGGAUGUGGAGUUUUAGUUCUUAGCAACCCUGACUCUUCUCGUUACCUACUCGAGGACCGCUUGUUACAUGUGAUGCUUUAAUUUGUGUGGAUGAGGAUCAAAAAUGAGCAGCCUUUGCGCUAUAACGAAAAUGCGUCAUCUGCUGGUCGUCUGUUUUCUAAUCUAGCAACCACGAUAUUUUUGCGGUGGCAUGUUGGUCGGGUGGCGGCUGUGUAGUGGAGAAAAAAAUGACGUAUAAGCAGUUCAGCGAUCGAUAUCAGAACAUCAGCUUAGGGACGCAGUCCUUGCAGCGUCGGAAAGCCUUUCAGGCGCCUGUGGGUAGACCUAAUCAGCGGCGACUCGCUGCAGUCGACCUAGAGGACGAAGAAAAGAACCACGGAAGCACAAGAAUAGCUGCGGAAAGAGAGGAUGGAAGCACGCACUACAGAGAAAAGAUAGUACAAGUGGAUAAUGGCGGAAGAAGUAGUACUACCACUGGAGGAAAACUUUUAUCUUCAAGCAUAUCAGGAAGUCAUAAGGACCAUUUGGAUACUAGUACCGAAACUACAUUGUCGUUGUCCGCCUCAGAAGCUGCCUUUUGCAGGAAUAAGUGGCAUCACGAUAGUACUGGAGAUGCGGAAGAGACAUCAAAGAGGUCAUUGGUCGAAAAAACCGAUUCUCAAGGCCCUGUUGUUCCCCCAGCGAAGCAAGCUGGGGCGGCGGGAACACCUGAAGAAGAUGUUGGUAAAAAUACCCCCGUCAUCUCUGCUGGACAGGAGACGACGAAGAACAGCGAUCAUUCUGCGGGGAGUCUAUGGCCUUCCGCAAAUAUGGAAGUCCUCCCUGCUUCAGCCGUAGAGAGCCCGUCGGGGAAGAAGAUAAUACCCGAGCCUCAUGCUGACACGGCACGAAAUUCACCUACAUUUGGAGAUGCGCCUAACUCAAGUUUGCAACCCACCUCUACUACGCGAGAGCAAGACCAUCCUCCCGAUGGUGUACACAACAGUGAAAAUAUAGUGAAAGAAGUCGAAGAGCUUAGUACUGUAACUGUAGGAGCUCCUGGACAAGUAUCAGCAGGUAUGAUGUCAGAAUUUUAUGCUGCCGCCGUAAGGUCGCCGACCGAUAAAAUUACGAGCCAUUCGUAUCAAACUCUGUACGGAAAGUACCUUCCACGAAAAAUUGACCAAGCUUCAAAACCCCUACUGGAGAUUGGCCUCGGAUGUGUGCCCUUCAGCGUUCCUGGCUCAUCAGGCAAGAUGUGGCGUCGCCUUGGCUUCCGAAGUGUGCACUUAUGGAUUUCGUCGAUCAUCAAGUAAUAUUUUUCUGAAAACCUAUUGUUCGUGAUUCGCACGUCGCCAGCUGUAUUCUAGAAAGAAAGUAGUGAUUCGUCUUCACCGCGAAAGGCGUGCGUACGGGUGUUGUUGUAUAGCACUAACUAGAAGAUUUCAGGUUGCUUCGUGUCGUUAUUAUGAACAAUAAUAUCUUAGGUGUCACACGACCUUUCGUCGAUAAACGGCAACAAUGAAUCCAUCUUGUUAGCUGUAGGACCAAUCCCAAUCGCAAUCGGAACCACGCUAAUGUAUAUUCUGGAGUACAAUGGUAACUGCGUUCGUGCUUACGCAUCAGAGAUAGAAGCUGAUGGUUACAAGGUGUAUAUCGGAGACCAGUCCAACAUGCUGCACCUCGAGAAAGUGAAGGAUAAUCUCAAGUAGUUAUUCUGCUUUGUUCAAAUCAUUCUUGGGCUUUAUUCUUGCUUGCCUUUGGAAUCUUCGAACAUGUACUUUCAACUGUAGCACGGAGAAUGAACUACCAUGUUAAAAUACUAGAACGAAUUUCACCUAAUUUAUUACACAGCUAUGAAGCAGAGGUGAUCGUAGACGACGGCGGCCACUGGAACUCACAAAUCCUGGCGUCAUUUUGGUCUCUGUGGCCUAUUGUGCGAAACGGAGGACUAUACUUCGUCGAAGACUUCGCAGAGAGCGCCUACAUUGCGAAGUACGUCGACCAACCGGGACCUGUGGCAGCACCAGUUAUGUCACGUGUAUCUGAAACUGCAUGAAGACAGAGACUUACCACAUCAUUGCUACUCUAACUUUAUCUGGUUCUGGUUCUGCAGCCAGAGAACAGUAUUAUACAUGAGACCAACUCUUCUAGCGCUGUACAUGAUCAGGUUUUCUUGUUACAGAUUUCCUUCUCUAAAUUUCGCGAUGAGCACACGUACACCGCUCAAUACGGGCUCGCAAGCCUGUUGCGAAACGUUUUCUGCGGGAUUUUAUCUUCGCCUUGUUACGGCGCUCUCGUUUUCGUGGAAGCCCAAUUCAAUAUUAUGAUUUUCCAGAAGGGAGGAGGGGAAGGCGCGUAGAAAUCAGAUUGAUUCAGAUAGGAUCAACCACUAACCUUAUGCCUGUAGUUCAUGAAAUAUAUUUAUGUAGUCAACAGAAGCAGGAAUCGUGAGGGUUUGACCCGAGGAUGUUUCCCUCUAUCUUCCGAACUUUUUGGCUGAAGAGUAGUGAUGUCGAUGCGGACGCGACUUAUCCUCUCACACUUAGGGACUCUUUGAGAAAGCGGCUUUUACGCUCGAAGACAUACUUCUUAAUUACUUAAGGGUCUGUGGUUUUAGGCAGCCUGCCAAGAACUACAUGGACUCUGCGAUGUCUUCUCCUAUAUUUGUUGAAGCAUGAUGAAAGAUAGUGACGAUUUGACAUAAUCUGAAAUUUUACAAAGCGGCGCACUCCGAACAGCGUCUGAGCGAUUUUUCUGACA